ACGGCUCACAAGUGUUUAGUAGGUUUUGAAACAUGGAACGGCGCUGUUGCAUACGCGGCAAAAUCGUUGUGGCGACAUAAAACGAGUAAAAGCAGGCCGAUUUCGUGCGAAUAAAAAAUACGUCGGAUAAGCAUAUAUAAUUGAAAAAACGAAAACGAACAAAACAAAAAAAGAAAAACGCACCAAACACGACCGCGACGCGAAUGUGAGGAAGCAGCAGCAGCAUCAAAAAGAAAACACAUACGGACACACGAUACGAGCACUUCGCGUAUUCGCCUGUUCGUUCAACCAAAAAUAGUCGUACAAUUGUACUGCUUUCGAAACGUUUAACCUAAUUAAUUGUAGUUAGAUAAUAUCUCUCAUUAAUGUGUAAUUUACGCGCGGAUGGUCAGCGACAUACAUGCAUACUAAAUGCCACGGCAUGGCAGCAUAUUUAGUUUCAAAUUAUAAAUGUUGAUGCUUGCGAGUACAAGGCGUUACUUGAGUGCGCGCAACGGGCGAAUCCACAGUGCAGAACGGAAAUUCUGGUGAAGUAGGCCAAAUAAAUAUAAAUAUACAACUGGUAUAUGUAUAUGCAAAUAUGUGUGUGUGUGCCUAUGCAAAUGCGGGAAUACUUUGCCAAGAAUGAGAGUAAAAAAAUAUUAAAAGAAAAUAAGAAUAAAAUAUAACUUACAGUGAAAAUGUAUUUACGCGCGCGCAAUACGGCCUUGAGCACUUAAAAAAUACAAAUAAUAUAUACAUACACAUAUAUUAAUACCAAUGUUGGUACAUGCAUGUAAUUGUAAAUAAACAGUUAUAAUCUCAAUGAAGGUAAUGCAUCUAUGGAAACGUGCAACACACGUGACAAAUUUACGGCAAAUUGCUGAUUACGAAGGUGAGCACAAGCAAACAUAUAAAAUGACAGUUCGGAGAACUGUGCAAAAAUAAGGAAGGAAACAAAAACGGAACAACAAAAAAGUCGAAAAGUCGAAGGAAAAUGCAAUGAGAUAAGAGGAGCAACAACGCUCCAGCGCGGCAAUAAAACAGCGAGUCACUUUAGACCACCAACAACACAAACCGAGAAGACAAAGCGCACGUAGUUCUUAAGCUGAGCAGUCAAGCUAGUAAGCAGCAGUCAGUGAGCCGCCAUCCAGCAGCAGCCAAGCCAGCUGUUAGUCAAGGCACUCAGCCAGCCGGUUGGUGUGUCAGUUGGUGAGCGAAAGUCAUCAGUCAGCCAGCCGGAAGAGUCAGUCAGUCGUCAAAAUAAUAGUCAGCCGACACGUCAGAAGCACUUCAAAAGAUAUUGCAUGUGAGGAAUAACGCCGGUUGGCUCCGUUUAACAGACGACGUUGGCCGACGUGUGGAGUGUGUCGAGUGUGUAGCGAGCGUGUAAGCUUGCAGCGUCUUUCGCUCGGUCCAAAAAUUCCAACAUACAAGGCAAUGAACUUGCUGAAGCAGCUACUUGACGGCUGUUACGUGUUGUGUGGCUUCAGUUUUUUGAUUUUCCUAUAUUUACCACUCAUGCUGGCGAUGCCGGAACAAACGCGUCUGGCGAAUGAUUUCGAUUAUCGGUUGCAGCGUGCGAAACAUGUGUUGCGCGAGUCGCCGCUCAUUGAUGGACACAACGAUUUGGCAUGGAAUAUACGGAAAUUUUUGAAAAAUCGUCUGCAAGAUUUCCCAUUUGCCGGCGAUUUGCGUGAGGUGUUGCCAUGGUCGGCGAGCGCUUGGAGUCACACCGAUUUGCCGCGAUUGAAAGAGGGCAUGGUGUCGGCACAGUUUUGGUCGGCAUAUGUACCGUGCUCGUCCCAGCAUAUGGACGCCGUACAAUUGACGCUGGAGCAAAUAGACUUAAUACGACGUCUGGUGAACUUGUAUCCAAAUCAAAUGACUUUCGUCACAGAUGCUUCAGGAAUUGAAGAGGUGCACAAAAGUGGAAAAAUUGCCAGCCUGAUUGGGGUGGAGGGUGGCCAUUCGAUUGGCACCAGCCUCAGCGUUUUACGUAUGUUCUAUCAGCUUGGCGCGCGCUAUUUGACACUGACGCACACCUGCAAUACGCCAUGGGCGGAUUGCUGUAAGGUUGACGAGCCGGGAAAAUAUCCACAUAUUGGAGGACUCUCCAAAUUCGGCAAGUUGGUGGUGCAUGAAAUGAAUCGACUGGGCAUGAUUGUCGACCUGUCGCACGUCUCGGUGCCCACAAUGUUGGACGCGUUGAGCACUUCGAAGGCGCCUGUGAUAUUCUCGCAUUCCUCCGCGCAUGCCAUAUGCAACAGUUCGCGCAAUGUGCCAGAUCAUGUCCUGCAGAAAAUUGCAGUCAACGGCGGUCUGGUGAUGGUCGCAUUCUAUCCACAUUUUCUUAGCUGCUCGAGUCAGGCGACACUCGAGGAUGUUAUUGUGCACAUAAAUCACAUAAGGGAAGUUGCCGGUGUGGAUCACGUCGGCAUUGGUGCGGGUUACGAUGGUGUUAAUCUCGUACCCAAGGGACUGGAGGACGUUUCGAAAUAUCCACAUCUGUUUGCGGCACUGCUCGAGUCCGAUAAGUGGACCGAGGCGGAUAUAGCGAAAGUGGCGGGGAAGAACUUAAUACGCGUUUUCAAAGAAGUCGAAGCGGUACGCGAUCGCAUGGAGCAGAAAAAAGUUCCGCCUGUCGAUCAAACGAUACCACCCGAGGAUAUAAUGGGAAGAUCAUACUGCCGUUAUCAAGGACCACGAACGUGAUUACCUUCCUAAGAGAAUGUUUUAGAGAGCCAAGGCCAUACGUAGUUGAAGAAUGGGAGAGUGAGGAGGAGAGAAUGCUAGAGUGUGGAAGAAUGGAAGAGAGCAUAACGCGCCACAACAACUUAACAACUUAAACAAGUAAUGACUCAUUAAAUUAACCACAUGUGUUGGCAACAAAUUGUAAAACCAAACGAAUUUCAUAAAUUCGAUGUACUCGUAUUUCCUUCGCUGCGCACACAAACUUACAAAAACAACAAAAACACUAAAUAAAAACAAAAAAAUAUAAAAUUGUACGAAUGUUGAAUUACGAUUUAAAUAUCUACGAAGUAUUAAUACGUUAUACGAAUAACAUAUAAAUAGCAGUAAACUACACAAAAAGCAAAAACAAGAACUAAUAACGGUGAGCACAAAUUACAAAUUGUAGUUAUGAAAUAAGCGUGUAAGUAUACUCGCAUGUUUGUAUAUAUAAAAACAAAAAAAAGAAAAAAUUAAAAAAAACUAUUUUUUCAAAAAAUCUUUAUCAAUGUAAUGUUUAAAAAAUAUGAGGAUUAAAAAAAAUGAUGCGUAAAUAUGUAUACUACUUGUAAUUCAAUAUUUGUAUGUAAAUAACUUUAAUUACAUAAACAUAUACAUAUGUAUGUACAUAUAUAUAUUUAAGUAGCUUUCGUGAAAGCAGAUUAAGUGCGACAAUUUUACGAAUUUCUGCUAGUAGUGGUAACGGUUUGCAUAACGGUGCACGGUGAUUACUUGAAAAUAUAAUUUUUCAUUGCACAUAAAUGUAACUAUGUUUGUAUAUGCAAGAAUACUGUUUUUAAUUUGGGCGAAACAGAUAACUGUCAUGCAAUUUUGACAGAUUAUGACAUCACGUGAAUAAGUAUUGAAAGUAAGCAGUAAAUCACACAGAUAAAUUCUAUAGAAGUUACAAAUUUUGUCCUUAAAAUAAUUUCUUUACAUAAAUAUUAAAAAAAGCACAAUAAUUUUAUACAUAUUUGCAUUUAAAUCGAUUAGCGCUGGUACUGCGAAAUUAUCGAAAUCGAAUAUGUGAACUCUUCGCGUAAUCGAUAGUGCCCAAAGUUGGAGGUGUUAUCAUUUAACUCGAUUAGAGGUCAUGCAGCAAAUAUAUCGAAAUUCAAUACUCGAGGCCUUUAAAUAAUCGAUAGUGCAUAAAGUCGAAGAAAUUACCAGCGGUUAGCCAGGAAAAUUUCAGUUUUUUUAAACAUGUGGUAAAUGCAUAAGAAAUACGAAAGAUUAUUCUAUUUGAAGCAUUAAAAUAUUAUCCUUAAAAAUAAAAGUUAAUGGGAACGAAUGAAAAUUAUCGGCCCAAGAAUGAUAAUUUAUUGAUAUAAAUUUAUCGAUAACAAUCAAUUUAUAAUUUCCAAAUAGCGUUCAAUGCAUGACAAUUUCCGAUGUAAAAAUAUCGAUUUGAAUUUAUCGAUAACAAUAAAUUUAUCGAUGUGCGAAAUAGAUAAAAGUUUAUCGAUUACAUUUUAAGCAUAAUAAAUUUAUCGAUAUAUUAACGAAAGUUAUCGUUCACAAAUGGCUCCAGCAGAGAGUUCCUUGAUUUUCUGGAUUAAAAAAAAAGAAACUUUGUUGGCUAAUAUGUAGAAUGUGGAGUAUUCUAAUAUGAGGCAUCGCGGAUUAGAGGAAGCUUUUCAGAUUAAAAUUUGAAAGAAGAAGGCAACUAGAAAACAGAUUAUUCCAUUUUAAGCAUUAAAAUAUUAUCGAUAAAACUAAAAACUAAUAGGGGCGAAGGAAAAUUAUUGGUCAAAGUAUGACAAUUUAUUGACAUAAAAUUUUUGAUUUGAAUUUAUAGAUAAAAAUAAAUUUGUCAUUGCGAAAUAUCGGUAUAAAUUCAUCAAUUUUAUUUGGAACAUCAUAAUUUUAUCGAUAUGCAAACAAAAAUUAUCAUUCAAUGCAUUGAAAUUCUCGAUAUAUAAGUAUCAAUUUAAAUUUAUCGAUAAAAUAAAACUUAUCGAUGUUAAAUAUCGAUAUAAAUUUAAAAAAAGCAUUUGGACCUUUAAAAUAUUAUCGAUAGAAAUAGAAAUAAAAACUCUUGAAAUUAUCGAUUAUUGCACAAUGCAUGGCAAUUUAUUGAUAUAAAUACAUUAGUUUGAAUUUAUGUUUAAAAAGAAAUCUAUCGAACUACAAUAUCGAUAUAAAUUUAUGGUUUUCACUUAAAUAUUAUUCGAAAAUUAUCAAACAAUGCGUUUCUUUUGUGCAUUAAAAUAUUGUUGAUAAAAAAACUAAAGGGACGAACGAAAAUUUUCGCACAAUGCAUGAAACCGAUAUAAAAAUGUGGUUUGAAUUUAUCGAUUAAAUUAAAUCGAUACAAAAUAUCAAUAAAAGUAUAUAUUUUGAUUCAAUUUUUAACAAGAAAAUACUAUCGAUAAAAAUGAAAACUAAUGGGGACGGGCGAAAUUUAUCGAACAAUGAGCAUCAGUUUAAAAUCGAUUCAAAUUUUCUUAUAAAUAAAAAAUUUAACAGCUUAAAAGUAUCGAUAAAAGUUAUCGAUGAAAGUUUAUCGAUACAAAAAUAUCGAUAUGAAUUUAUCGAAAUCAAUUAGUCAAAAAUGAUACUUUGAAUAAAGCUGCACUGAAAAAUAUUUUAUUUAAAUCGAUAGACCUCAAUUUCAAAAAAGGGUUAGUACGUGAUAAAUCAUACUCAAAUAUUUAACAAAUGUUAUUGGUGAACAUAAAUUUCAGCAAGGUAAUUAAAACUUGAUGUUGUUUACGAAAAAAACCUGAAUUUCGAUUAAUUCCUUUACUUUUAUUUUAUCAAUGUGAUUUCUACCUGUUGCACCAACCAUACAAAUUUUAAAAAGUCCAUUCAAAUAUGCCUCAGAUAUUCUUUGAACAAAUUUUUGCUUAAAUUUUAACGUUACAUAAAGCUGAAAAUUAAUGUAAUAGCUCAUAUAUAUAUAUAUCUGUACUUAUGUAUCAGCGUGCUGAACUUUCACCUCUGUGUCAAUUAAUUUUUAUUGAUUUUGCCAAUUAUUUUCGGUUCACAAUGAAGCCAAAUGUCAUUAUUUGGUGACACAUGCGGUAAUGUAACAGCAUGCAUACAUAUGUAUAUGUUAUAUAUAUGUAUGUAUAAACAUUAAUAAACAUUAUAAUAAAUUAUGGUAUUUUAUUUAUAUUAUUUUUGUUGUUUUUGCUUACCAUAUUUGACAAAUUAUCCCGCUUUCACGUCUAAAAUUAUUGCGCUCAACUGAAAUUAAUAUACUAAAUUUGCUGGAAAUAAAUUUAACCACAAGAGCAAGCAGAUUAAGCGCUUACAUACGUCUGUAUAUAAUAUAUAUACAUAUAUAUUGUACAUACAUAUGUAUAGAUUGUUGGUAAAUUGGCAUUUAAGGCUAAUUAGUGAUUAAUAAAUUAGAAAAUACAAUUUAACCAAACCGUUUGCGUCAAGCGCAUAAACAUAUGUAUAUACAUACAUACAUAUGCAUAUGUAUGCAUAAAUCAAAAGUGAUAAAUAUGUAAUGUAUAAAAUAAUAUAUAAAAUUACUGAAUAUAAAUACAAUUCUUAUGUACAGUUAAGCUCAAAUAGCUAGUAAAUAUUAUCUCGAGGCCACAAUUACAUAUACAAAACUGUAAAUAUUAUAUAUAUAAAUAGUGUUUAGCUAUUACAUAUGUACUAGGUAUUAUAGCUGUAUAAAUGCAUAUGUAUAUGUAUAUGUAUGUAGUAAUAUAUAUAUAUGUAGGUAUACAUAAAUAUAUACAUACUAAAAGGAUUACAGGACUACUUAAACGAAAGCUAUGUACUUACUUUAAUAUUUAACUAAAUAAUUAGUAAUUAAGCUGCAGUUAAAUACAUAAUCCAAAUGGGCACACAAACAACAAACAACUGAUUGCCAUCAUACAUACAG